GAAUUCAAUUUUCCGUCCUUGUCUCUAUUGAACUUUCGACACCGUCAGAUCAUCAGUGGGAUUCUCGAUUCGCGUAAACAUCUCUGUACAUACAUACAGGCAUUUGUAGUUGAUUCAUCGAGCUUCUAGCACGAAUAUAAUUUUCGAAGCUACGUUUAUUGACGAGAACGCGUUCUGAGAAGACAGACGAUCGAAUAAUGGCUACGGGAGGAAGCACGAACGCCGGCACAAUUUUGCAGAAGCUUGGCUUGAAGCCGAUUACGAAAUGUAGUCUCGUAAAAUUUUAUGUUCCGGCUUUCGGUGUUGGUUCGUACACCGCAUUGUCGAUCAAUGUGAUGAAUCCAAGCCUUGUUGUCAGAGUAUUCCCAAAGAAAGACAUCACAAAUUUUUUAUUGGGUAGUGCUCUUGUUGGCAUUGGCUCGUAUAUAUAUACUCGUGAACACAUGAAAAAUGCUCCCCAAAGUGUAAGAAUCGCAUAUAGUUCUGCUGGUGCUGUAUUGCUGAGCUUUGGAUCAGUUCUAGUAUGGGCAGUAUUGAGAUCUGUUGUACCACCUAAUCCUGCCUUGUGCACAAUAGCUGGUAUUGGUUCUGGUCUUGCAUUCAUUAAGGUCGGUUCCAGUUACCUGACCUUCGUUGAUGAGCAAAUACAGAAGAAGUAGAUCAAUAGAAAUUUCAUAAUCGUAACAUCAAUAUGUAUUUAAUGCCUUUAAUCUAAAAUUUGCAAUAAUAUAUGCAGUAGUAGAUUGGUACCAAGAGUAAUUGAAACAAAAAGAAAACCAUUGUCAUUGCAGAAUUUUUAAAUGUCUACAAAUUUGUACAUUUUGUAUGGUCUUUGCUAUAUAAAUGGCCAACUUCUAUAGGCCCCCAGUUAUGUUAAAUGUAAUUAUAAAGUAUUUCGUUUUUGUCCUCGUCAAUCAUUUGCAAGACUUGAAAGAUCCGUAGAGGGCAAGUAAAAUAAAUGUUGAAACAGUGUUAUUGUAUUUCACGUGAAACAUAUAAAUAAUGAAAAAGGUGAUUUCUUGUUACACAAGAGAUAUGUCUCACUUUAUAUGUUAAUGUUACCAUGAAUGUAUAUGGAGUUAUAACUUAUAUCAAAAGUAUGAAAAAUGUGUGAACCAAGUUCUUAAUUUGAUGUGGCUUCAUAAUCUGAAUACAUUUUUUGGAACGUAGAACAUGUUCCUACAAAUAAUUAGUUAGCAAUAAUGGUAGUACUAGAAAUGUGCAAGCUUCUUCUGAAGUCUUAGUAAAUAUUUCACUAAAAGGAAAAAAAUUGGAAGACUUUAUGUUACAAAAAGAAACUAAGGUUUAUAAACCUCUUUUGUAUGGAUAUAAAUAACUAAAAUUAAUUUACUGUUCAAGCAUUAACAUACUUUGUUUGUAAGAAUUAAUUUUAAUGGAAUCAGUGUUGCGAUUUUACAAAUGCACGCGAGUCUACUGCAACUGGAUAAGAUUGUAUCACAUGUAUAAUAAACUCUAUUGUUAAACUGGAA